AUGUCCAAGGCACGACAGCAAAAGCGCAGCAAGGUCAAGCCAUUCAUCAAGACCGUCAAUUACAACCAUUUAAUGCCUACACGAUACACACUGGAGCUGGAAGGUCUGAAAGGCGUGGUGACGAAUGAUACAUUCAAGGAGGUCAGUCAGCGGGAGGAAGCGAAGAAGACGGUGAAGAAGGCGCUGGAGGAGAGGUAUGCGAGUGGGAAGAAUAGAUGGUUCUUUACACAAUUGAGGUUCUAA